GUAAAACUAAACAAAGCAAAAACACAAAUCAAAAUGUUCAAAUUCUUCGCUUUGUGCUUGUUCGCUGUUGUUGCCUUGGCUGCCGCUAAGCCCGGUAUUGUUGCCCCCUUGGCUUACUCAGCUCCCGUUGUAGCUGCUGCUCCCUAUACUGCUGCUACAACCGCUCCCUAUGCUGCCGCUUACACUACUCCUUAUGCUGCUGCCUACUCUGCUUACUCUGCCUAUCCUUAUGUAGCUUCUCCUUAUGCUGCUGCUUACUCUGCUUACCCCUAUGCUGCUUCUUAUGUCUUGCGCAAGUAGAUUUGAAUUUAAAGGAUUGAGUAAAGGAAUUUGUUAACGGAUUUGAAAUGAAAGAAAUAAAUUUACUCUUAUAGAGUAAAGUUUUUGAAAACGAAA